AAUAAGGCGAGUACAAGAAAUUGUCAGAGUGGAGCUGAGUAGUGAUUGUUAAGACGAGAGUUUGGGCGGGUGUUGGUUUCUUGUGUUUUUCUCUGGAUUUUUGUCCAAAUUAGUUCCGGAAAUGUCACGCUUCCUAGUUGUAUCAAUAUUCACAUUUAUUAUUUUCACAAAUUGUGCAGAAGGAAUCAUUCGGCGCUGUUACCAAUGUCGAUCCCGUGGGGAAAAGGGCAACUGCAAAGACCCGUUCAAAUACAACUCAACUCAAGCUGAGAAUGAACAUGGUCUUCAAGUGAUACCAUGUGCUUCGGGAUGGUGUGGGAAGGUGAUUGAAGGACAGGAGACAUAUCGGGAAGAUGACUAUGAUAGUGCUGUGCAACGAAUGUGCGUACAACGAGGACCAGAUGACAAUGAAGAUCGAUGUGCCCAUACCGUUUAUAAUUACAAAAAGGUUUAUAUGUGCUUCUGUCAAGGGGAUCUUUGCAACGGAUCAAGUAGCGUUGGUGCAUCUUGGGGUGUGUUGGUUGCAUUUUCAAUUAUAGGUUUUACCAUGAGAGUGUUAUUGUAAAAGACAAGUUUUAACCAAAAUAAAUCUAUUUAUUUUAAACUGA